UCCGCACCGUUUACGUCGCGGAAAUGUUAACGCUGCUGACGUCAUACAACUUCCUCGAACAAAACAGAUAGGAGGGAUAGAUACAACAGGGAAGUUUUGUUUUACGUGAAAGGUCAGAGUUUACAUUAUUCACUGAAAAAAAAUCGCGCGUGGAACGAAAUAUCCAGUUAUUUAGGCGUAAUUUGUUUGUUCGGUGUUGUGGAAGCGCCUCGGUUCAGAGAGUUGUGUGAAUCCCUGCGCUGAUAACAUGAAUGUCGAUGCUGCACAGGCGGCGUCGAGCGGAGCAGCGAGCACAAACUCCUCAACCCCGAGCAGCAGCAACUGUGUCCCUAACAGCAACUCCGCCGCUAAUGUCAGCAGUUUACCUCCAACUGGCAGCACUAAUGAAUCUCCGGGUUGUUUGUGUAGAGCUUACUCUGAUCUGAUUGGUCAGAUGUUCCCGUGUGUUCUGAUUGGUCUACAACUGUCAGAUUGUUUCAAAAAUGGAACCAUGUUUUCAUUCACAAACAACUAUGUAACACACUACAUGAAAGUUCCAACCUCAGCUGCCAUGGCAACACCAUCAUCAGACUCUGUGUCCAACGGGCUGUACGUGCCCACGGGAUUAGCCAACGGUGAUGUGAAGCCUGUCAUCUCAAGCACGCCAUUGGCUGAUUUCCUGAUGCAGCUGGAAGACUACACCCCCACAAUCCCAGACGCGGUCACAGGAUAUUAUCUCAAUCGAGCAGGAUUUGAAGCAUCAGAUCCGAGGAUAAUCCGUCUGAUCUCAUUGGCGGCUCAGAAGUUUGUCUCGGACAUUGCUAAUGAUGCACUUCAGCACUGUAAAAUGAAGGGUACUGCAUCUGGAAGCUCCCGGAGCAAAACAAAGCAGGAUAAGAAGUACACACUGACGAUGGAGGACCUGACUCCGGCUUUAUCCGAGUAUGGCAUCAAUGUUAAAAAACCCUACUACUUCACGUAAAAAACGAACAUCCUGAAACGAACUGCUGAAAGUAACAUGGCUCCAUAAAUAGGUGUCCACACAGUAGAGACCUGACUUUUUAACAGUGAAAACCUUUGGUCCAUGUGACACAGAGAAGGCUGUAUGUGUGUGUUUUUUUCCUUUUCAUUUAUUUAGCAAUUUAUUUUAAGUUUUUGUUUUUGCUUAACUAUGGAUGUAAUUCAUUACAUAUUUGUAAUAUUUGAUUAAUGGAAAUAAACAGAAAUGUAUCACUUA